AGCCGAGAGCAAGUACCUGGCCCUGUGCCCUCCCUCCCACCACAGGCCCCUCCCGGCCCAGGUAGCCAGCUGUCAGGAAGAUGGAGCCCAAGGACCAGCAACUUGUGGUAGUGCUUCGGAUCCGCCCACUUAACGAUGCAGAGCUGGAGGAAGGGGCCACCGUCAUUGCCCACAAGGUGGGGGACCAGAUGGUGGUGCUCAUGGACCCCGGAGAGGACCCCGAGGACCCGCUGCGCACACACCGGUCCCGGGAGAAGACCUUCAUCUUUGACACUGUUUUUGACCAGCAUGUGUCGCAGGAAGAUGUGUACCGUGCCACCACCUGGCACUUAGUGGAAGGCGUCAUUUCUGGAUACAACGCGACGGUGUUUGCCUAUGGCCCCUCAGGCGCAGGGAAGACCUACACCAUGCUGGGCAUGGACGCAGAGCCCGGCAUCUACCUGCGGACCCUCGCUGACCUCUUCCAGGCCAUCGAGGAGGCCUGCGACAGCACGGACUACUGCGUAUCCAUGUCCUACCUUGAGAUUUAUAAUGAAGUGAUCCGGGACCUCCUGAACCCGUCCUCGGGGUUUCUGGACCUGCGGGAAGAUUCUAGGGGCAGCAUCCAGAUUGCAGGCAUCACAGAGGUCUCCACCUCAAACGCCCGGGAGAUCAUGCAGCUCCUCACCAAAGGCAACCGGCAGCGCACGCAGGAGCCCACGGCCACCAACAGGACAUCGUCCCGCUCUCAUGCCGUGCUGCAGGUCACCGUCCGCCAGCGCAGCCGGGGCGCCGACUUGGUGGACGAAAUGCGUGUUGGGAGGCUCUUCAUGGUGGACCUGGCAGGCUCGGAGCGGGCGUCCCAGACCCAGAACCAUGGCAAAAGGAUGAAGGAGGGUGCUCACAUCAACCGCUCCCUGCUGGCGCUGGGCAACUGCAUCAACGCGCUGAGCGAGAAGGGCAGCAGCCGGGCGCAGUAUGUGAACUUCCGGGACAGCAAGCUCACCCGCCUGCUGAAGGACGCCCUAGGGGGCAACAGCCGCACAGUGAUGAUUGCCCACAUCAGCCCGGCCAGCACGCACUUCGAGGAGUCUCGGACCACCCUGCUGUAUGCCUACAGAGCGAAGAACAUCAAGACGAGGGUCAAGCGCAACCUGCUGAAUGUGUCCUUCCGCAUUGCACAGUACACAGAUGUCAUCUCCGACCUGCGCAGGGAGAUCGAGCACCUCAAAUCCAAAAUCGAGAAGCAGGAAGAGGAGAAGAAAAGCGAAUCUGGCGUCCGGGAUGCCCCAGUCACAAUCCCCCACCACGACUCAGAGGAGGACAGCCGCCAGCAGAUGAACAAGAUCCGCACACAGCUCAUCAGGGCCUUCAAGGAGCAGCUAGAGAUGCGGCGCAGCCUGGUGGAGCUGGAGAACACCAACAUCGAGCUGCACAUCGACACAUCCCGCCACCUGCUGACCAUUGCAGACUGGGAGCACCACGCGCACAGGGACAGGACGCCUGAGAAGGAUGGGCAGCUGGGGGAAGCCAACGCGGAUGGGGAUGACAGCGAGUCUGCAGAGCCGCAUGAAGUGGCCCUGGCCAGAGAGGAGGUCAGCAUGCUUUUAGCCGAGCAGCGGAAGACCGCGGCCCUCAAGGCUGGGCUGGAGCAGCGCCUGGCCAAUGCCAAGAAGAAGGCCUCGCAGAUGGAGAAGCUGCUGCCCCGGCAGGUCAUCAGCGAGGACCAGAGGGAGGUGCUGCGGCUGUUGUGCCGGGCGCACGAGCUGGAGGUGGAGAACACGGAGCUGCAGGCCGACAGUCUGCGCAGCAAGCACCUGCUGUGCGAGAAGGACUUCGUGAUCCAGCGCUGCCACCAGCACCGGCUGCUCUGCGAGCAGAUUAUCCAGGACCAGCGGCGGCUGAUCCAGGAUGGUGGCAUCCCAGUGCCUGAGGCCCUGGACAAGCGGUACCACCUCUACUCCCGGGAGCUGGGCACAGGCAAGCUGAACCGCCUGCUGGUGCUGCACUCAGCCAUGUCCAGCUCCCUGAGGGAGGGCUCUGUCCUGAACAUGUCCCCACCGCCAGAGGAGGCCAGCCAAGAGCAGGAGGACAGGAAGGACCUCCUGCAGGGCGCCCGGUUUGAGCUGUCACCCAUGCUGCUGGAGACAGACAGUGAUGGUUACAAGUCAUCGAAAACGACACCAUUGAGAAAACUGGAAAAGCAAGAUUCUCUUCUCCCUCUGUCAUCCGUCCGCAUCCUGCUGACUCCCCCAGUUCAAGAGAAGCCUAACCCCCUGAGUGUGAAGCACUUAGCUUCCAAGCUGUGCUCCCCGGCUGGCUCGGAGCUGGGCACCCCAAGGACAGCAGCAGAGGCGGGUGGCCCAGCCUUGCAUGUGCAGGCCCUCCAGGAGAUGGUGGCGAGCACCAAGAGCAUCGCCCUUAUCGCGGCCACCAGGCGCUCCAAAGCACAGGACCAUGAGGGUGGCAGUGGCCGCUCCUCCCUCCACCUUCCAGAUGAGGUGGCCCUGGAGUCCAGGGACCCAAAGCCCAGCAUCACCCCAGACCUGAGCCCAGCGGACAGGAGGUGGCUCCACGCCAGUCCAGGCAGGGACUGCGCCGUGGAGAGGAAGCCUGGGAGGAAGCGAUCGCCAUCCCUCCCCUGGAGCGUGCAGCCGGCGACAGAGAAACUUCAGCCCCCUUCUGUGGAGCAUUUGGCCAAGAGCCAGCUGCCCUCUUCACCCCUUCAGCUGUCAAAGUCGUCGGGAAAGAGGCUUUUUCCUGCUGUGCCUGUGACCUCCAAGAUAAAACCCAGCCUCAGUUUCCAUGCAGAUGACAGCGCACACCCCAUGCCCCAGGUCAGCUUCACCUUCCCCAGCUCCACAUGGCAGAGCUGCGCAGGCCCGAGUAGGGCCCCCCUCCUGCCCCGGGACAUCCGAGGGUCUACAGACAGUGGAGGCCGACGCCAUAGCCUGCUGCCCCCCAGCUGCCCCCGAAAGCUCCAGGGUGGCAGCGCCAAGAGGCCAAGAAGACCAAGAUAGAGACAACAAGAGGGAUCAGGCGCAGGGGGCAAUGGCCAGAGGAGCUGACUGCAAGGCGCUAGGGUCUGUGCACCCAAAGUGGGGUUGGGGGUCGGGGGCCUGGCAGAGACGCUGGGGAAGAGCCCGCCCACAGCUUCCUGCAGCUCUUUGCCUUGGCGGCUGCCUCACCGACCACCUUCAGGAGAACGGACAUGUGGGUGUCAGCCUUUCUAGGGACUCCCACAGGGAGCCUGGGGUGGCUUCCAAUCCCCAGGCUCUUCCCAGGAUCAGUCCACAUCCCAGGUCCUGCUCUGGGAGAAUGUUGUUUGUGGGCCGGGACACCAGGCUGUCACCCUCCAGCUCAGGCUCAGGCUAAAGAAGCCAAUGGGGACAUCUGAGGGCCACCAGUAAGGCAGGGAAGAAUGUGUCCCUAGCCCCACAUAUGUCAGGGUUCUGCAGAGAAACAGAACCAAGAGUGUGCACGUGUGUACACAAAAGGGUGGGAGGGAGAUUAAGAUGCAUUUUAAGGACCUGGCUUUCAUGAGUGUGGGACUGCGAGGCUGAAACCCACAGGGCCUACUAGAGACCCAGGUCAUUGCCAAGCUGCAGCCGAGAGUCGGGAGGCAGAAUUCCCUCUGUGCCCAGGAGUUCAGUCUUUUCCCCCUUCUGGCCUUCAGCUGAUUGGAUGAGGCCCACCCAUGUGCCAGAAGGGCACCUGCUUUACUCAGUCUCCUCACUGGUUUAAAAGGGAGUCUCACCUAAGAAAUACCUUCACAGCAACAUCUAGACUGGUGUUUGACCUGCGCACAGUGUCCUGGCCAAGCGGACGCAUAAAGUUAACUCUCACAUGACACCAGCCCAGGCCAGCCUGCACAGAGACACUGGUCCCCACCCCACAGCUCCCAGACAGGCCAGCAUCUGGGGAGAUGAGAGCGUUCUCCCAUCCUGGGACCUCGCCCUCUUCACUGUCUCUGAGGUCCUUCUCGAAACCCCAGUUCUGCAGAGAAGAAAAUUUAGCUAACUGAAUCAUCUAGGGUCCUGAAAACAUUAGGAAGGACCCAAAAGUCCAGGAUCUAAUUUCAUUAAGACUGUAUGAACUUCAGUCAUUUUUCUCAUCAAGACAGAAAAUGAGAAAAUCUCUGCACCAUCCUGUGGAGAGCUGGCUCAUCACCUUGUCUGACUGAGGUUUUCAAACCGGGCCCUCAUCCCUUGCCCUCAGGGACCCUGUUGUUUGGAGGCUGUGGGGACCAGAGCCACCUCCCUUGUGGUAGGAGCCGAGCCACUCAGGGAGGACCGUGUGGUGGACCAAGGCCAGGAGCAGACAUGAGCUCUGUGGGUUUGGGGAACUGGCCGGUAGCACGUCGGGGCCGGGAGGUGGAGGCAGUGUCGGGGUCUCAUGGUCCGAGUGGGAAGCGGGUUGUUUUGCACUUACAUGUGCACAGCUAGUUGCCACAGCCUGGCCCCCCUCUCAGCAUGAUACCUGCUGUCAAGGAAGGCGUGCUAGGGGCUUCGUAGGACCAUGCUAUCCUUUCUGGGUCUUCUUGAGGAGAGGUGGAGGCGGGUGCCAUUACCUCCAGAGGCUCUGCUGCAGACCUUCUGUGGGCACUAUCUGACGUCCACUUCCCUUGUCUAGGGUGGGGUGAAGUGGGAUGAUUUCUGUUUUUCUGCUAGGGUAGAAUUUGCUGACUGUCCCCCUGUAUCUACUCUCUUUGUUCCAUUAUAAUAGAACCUCCAAUUUUUAGCUAGCCACAUGGCUCCCAAAUAAAGACUG